AUGAGUGGAUUCCUGGACUAUUCGGCCAUGAUGAUGAGCGCGGAGACGGCCUUCCACGCGGAGCACGGCGGCGGCAUCACGGGGUUCCACCAGUCCUGCGCCGUCAUGAGCGUCAAUGGAUCGGACCAACGCUUUGUAUCCAAUCGCGCGUCUUCGCCACCGCCACCACCACCGCCGCCAGACUGUGUCCUGCCCCAGCAAGCCUCCUACCAGCAGCAGAACGUGGGCUAUGGCACCUGUGCCUCCAGCUACGCCCCGCAGAGCUUUUACAAUUACAAUCCGGAUGUGGAUGCUUUCGUGUAUGCGGGGAAUAUCGGCUCGUCCGUAUCGGCUCAGAGUCAUCGUCACGGUUACCAGCUGCAAUACGCGCACGUGGCCUACGGGGGCGCUCACGAGCAGAGUCAGGGCUGCAGCAGUAACAGCAGCCACCACCACACACUGUCCCCGCUGCACCUGGACUCCUGCUGCUCCUCGCUCUCCGAGACGCAGACCUUUGACUGGAUGAAGGUCAAGAGGAACCCUCCAAAGACAGGUCGCUCAGGGGAGUACGGUUAUGGAGGCCAGCCCAACACUGUGCGCACGAACUUCACCACCAAACAGCUGACGGAGCUGGAGAAGGAGUUCCACUUCAACAAGUACCUGACAAGAGCGCGCCGCGUGGAGAUCGCUGCUGCGCUGCAGCUCAACGAGACGCAGGUCAAAAUCUGGUUCCAAAACCGCAGGAUGAAGCAGAAGAAGCGCGAGAAAGAAGGUCUUCUCCCGAGCAAGAGCCCCUGCUCCUCUGAGCCGCAGCAGGAGAGCGGCCAGGACACAAGAGAGGACUGUAGAUCAGACAAGUCUCUAUCUGCCCCCUCCACACCCUCACCUGGCUCCUCUACGGGCUCCUCUGCUGAGGCCUUCUCUCACUGA